AUGCAACGGAUCGUGCCGCUGAAUUGGCCCGAAUCGAAACUAACGCGCAGCUCUGCUUCACAAAAUGACACGAUCACCUCUGUGCUGCAUUUGACUGUCAGGAACGAAAGCCUCAUGAAGGAACCCUUUCCUAUGCCGCGACUCCAAACCAACCAAAGACCAGAGCAAAGGCAAGACCAGCAAAAUGUGGACGAUUAUAGCGUCGAAAGUCCUAGUUUUCCAUGGUUGUCCAGGCUUUUCCCGAGUAGAAAACCACCAAUGAAGCCUACAAUUCUAGUGCUAUCGGCUUUGUCCUUCCUGUUUGCCACCCUCCAGCUAUCCCACUGUAGCUUUAUGCAUACUGGCUUGCCAGGCUCCGAAGUCGCCAUGGGAUUGUUUUCGACCACUGCCUACGACAAGAAUGGCGCUUCGAUCGGAUGCCUCGCCUAUACCGAUCAGAUCCAGAUGGAUGGCAUGUUUCGCGCGGGACGAGCUUUCGGUACUAUAACCGCACUGUGGACAGGUACUGCAUUUCUAUUGCUUCUUGUCGCUCUCACAUUUUGCCCACCGAGGACCGAGAAACUCUGGAACAUUGCACGUGGCUUGUUAACAACUGCGACGAUUACGCAAAUGUUCACCUUUUUCGUCAUGGGUAGUGAGCAAUGCCCAACCAACGACUGCUUUCUGUCAGGAGUGGGAGUACUGGCCGUCUUUAAUACCUUUGUUUUGCUUGGAGUCAGUUCAAUGACCUACCUUGAGGCGAUUCCCGUCGAGCCGUGGUUGGUACUGAGUAACGACGACUGCGACGUUGCGCACAACGACACCUCGGUGACACCUAUCGCGCAAGAAGAAUGUGUGCCACACGCGAGUUGCAGUACCACUGGUAUAUCAAGCAACCCGGCCAAUCUGCUUGACACAGUCUUACCCAAUCCUGAGGUCUUGGAAAUGAAAGAUGUUGAUCUCAACGACAAGCACGAUGAGCCAUCCGAUGCUGAUCCUUCCAGCUCGGACGCUUCCGUACAGAGUCACGACCCAGCCGAAAACGUAGCGCAUGAACGGGAUACAUUUAUCAGUACAAUUGGCACGCACCAUCGGAAUAAACUUCGGCUCUUGAGCUUCGGGCUCGUUCUCGCGGCAUGGUCUAUCAGUUUAGUUGGGAUACAACGUUGUACCUUUAUAUUAGUCGGACUCCGAGAAACGGGGAAGUCAAAUUAUUCUGGUUUGGGUCUCUUCAGUCGAGCGGUGUACUACAACGGCGAAAUACUGGGAUGCGUUGCGUAUCCCGAUGAAGUCCGGGGUGACUUUGAUUCGGUCUUUCAAGCCAGCCGAGCUUUCGGUGUCUUCACGGUGCUUCUUUUGACAACCGUCACCAUUCUCUUCUGUUUGCAGCUCUUUACUAACAAAGCCAAAUCACCAAUCUGGCUUGCUGUCCGCGUUUUGCUUACUUGUGCUGUCAUUACCCAGCUACUGGUCUUUCUUGUUUUUAAGUCGGACACUUGUUCGAUCAAUAACAUGGUAGAAUGCGUUCCAGGUGGUGCAGGCAUUAUGGUUGUCCUUAAUCUCUUUCUAAUACUAACUUUGGCAGUCUACACGAACAAAAUGGAACCUCCGCGGAAUCCUGUAUUCCUUUCGUGGCGAAACAACAAUCACGAAGCGCUUCUUCCUGUGGGCCAGAAGCUACCGAUACGGAGCGAAGAAUUGCGCCAGCUGCCGGACGGGGGAACCGAAACAGAAGAAUCAGGCCACAUUGGUGAUUGUGCCAACGAAGCUCGCUUUCCCGACGUUUCCGAAAAACAAAAUUACAGUGCCAACGCAGGCCCCUCAAAGCACGAAUAUAAAGAAGAUACCUUAGACGAUAUUGAUAUGGUCAAGGUGCAAGUGAAAUUCACAGCAACAGAGAAGAAAAUCGUCAAAGAAGUGACGCAUGCGGACGGUUCCAAGACUAUAACUACAACUGUCGAAGAGCUAGAUAUUGCAUGCAAUGAUGACAAUGGCAGUAAACACAAUCAACGCGCCACCAUAGCGCUGGCUUCGUUUCCUUUGUCCAGCGAAAAGAGCGCUGUGCAGGAAAGUGCACAACUCUUACCAGAAAAUAAAUGCAUUCACCAUGAAGGUUGUCCAACGCAUUUUUCAACCAAGAGCAAUACGGGCUGGACGUGUGAAAAUCACAGUAACCAUUCCUUUCAGCUCACCCUGGGAAAGAAGACAAGCAAGCAUCUUGCGGAGCAAAAGAAUGCAGAUAUGGAAGAGAUUGACAAGUACAUCAACCAAAACUCGUGAGUAGAAUUCAUGUUUACUUUU